UUGGUGACGUCACGGCUACAGAACAUCGAGAUCCCAUAAAGGUUGCUAUUGUCUGGUGUUAAGGUUAACCCCCAAUGUUUCAGUAGUUUGAUGCAGAUGAUGUAAUUUCAGAUUUCAAUGACUGUGAUGUUCCAUCGUAUUAUCAUAAUGAAAGGACUUUUCCUUUUGAUGUGCUUAUGUUUAGUUAAGGGGCUCUCUUUAGAUGAGAUCCACGCUUACCGAAGGCCACUUAAAAAGUGGAACAACCGCGGACUAAGAAGCAACCUGCUGGAAGCUGGAGAGUUUGACUUACAUGCGGUUCCCUAUCUAUUUAACAAAGUACAUAAAUUGGUGCCCGAUACAGACACACCACAAGGGCACUCAGUUUUCCAUAACCUGAAGAAGGAUCAGCCCUUUGUUCCUUCCGAGGUUUUAACUUCUUCUGACGGUAUUUUUGGUGCUGGAAUCUCGAACAAGCUGCUCCACACUCUCAAAGAAAUCGACCGUCAAGUGGCUCAGAAAGGAGCAGCUAUACAAGACCAGAACGAAUCGAUGAAUCCGUACGGUCAGCUGAGAAAACGCCAAUACUAUAAUGAUGAAGAUAAAGAAGCUCUGUCUCUACUAAGUGGAAAUGAUUACGACAUCGACAUUGAUUCUACACGUGCAGCUUAUACACCCGGAGUUUCGUCGAUACCCAUCAAGCCUUCUUUGUGGAAAAAACAGAUCUACAGUUCUCUGCCAUCAUUCAGCGACACGUACAAUAAAUGGAGAGAUGUAAGCGACUCCAGCCGACAGAUGCCCAAAAGUUCCGUAUGGAACAAGUAUAGUGAAGACGAUUAUUUUAGCAGCGAAGAACCUGAAUUCGAUUACUUUUUCCGUUUUCAACAUCAGACAAAGUACAGCAAUUAAUCCAAGAAGAUACACAAUUUCCAAGUUUAAAGAAGAAACUAAGGAGGCAGAUGUCUAUGGUAGAUCCAGAAGAUUUACAUAAUAUUUUUCAAGUAACAACCAAGGGGAACCGCUUGCAUAGCCCUUUUAGUGGUGACAAGUUAGUAAUAGGCAAUAACAGAAAAGACAAUAAAGAUAUUUUCAACUAUCUUUCUUCGGAGAUCGAACCACGUAAUCAUGAAAAAGAAUCACUAAAAUAUCGUUUUGGAGAUUUUGAUGAUGGCAAUGAAGACGAUGAAAGUGGUAUCAUUACUUUCGGUACUGAUAAGUCUUCACCGUUCUUUACUAAAACAAAACGUCUCAUUUUGAAGAAAAGAGAUUACAAGUUUAAUGACGACCGUAAAUCAGCAAUCAAAAAUGAACUUAAAGAGAUUUUUAAAGAUGAAAGUAAUACACGAAAUAUUAGAAAAAGACGUGCUGAAUCCUCACAAGAGGCGUUAUCUCAGUCAAUAAAUGAGAAAAAUGAAACAGAUGAUUCAGAAACUACAAAUAGAAAUGGAUUAAAAAAGGACUCUGGUGAAAUAAGUACAGAAAUAUCGACUCGAAAACCCCCAAACUCCAAAGAAUAUUUUGAGAAAUGGUUUAGAAAGGAAUAUAUCAAAAACAUGGCCAAGGUUCUGAACACUUUAAGGAAGAAGAGAAGUAAUGACUGGGACUCAAUGAUAUCCAAAGAUGUUGAAGAUCUUCUUUGGCAUACUACGGAGGAACGGGAUAAGACAAACACAGAAAAUGAGCAAACGAUUAAAAAUAUAAGCAGGAUUGAGGACGCAGAAGAUAGCAAAAAAACGACAGGAGAAGAUACAUUUGUAAUUAAUGGAGCUGAAAAGCGAAAGAGUUUCACUUUUCAAGAAGGCCAAUUUCAACAAGUCGAAAACAAGCUAAAGAAAAUCGAAAACAAUAUGUUAACUGAUGCAAUGGAGAUGAUCAAAGAAGGAGCCACAGAGAGCGACCUUUUGGAUCCUGAAAAAAUUUCACACAGAUUGAAAGCUGCUAUGGAAUUGGAUAACUUGAGAAAAGCACUAAUUCAUCUGCAUACGACAUUAGAUAAUAUUCAACAGGAUGAUCAGGAAGGUGAAAAUACAUCACUUGGGUUGUCUCAUUUUUUAGAAAAGAAAGAGAGUGAGGAGGAGGAAGAUCACGAGGAAACAUCUAAAACCUUUCAGGCACAACCAGCUCGCGGGAGUAAGUUCAACAUGGCGGCCAGUUCUGAUCAUUAUAGCAGUGGUGAACCAAAUCAGCGAAAUGAAGACAGUUGCCUCCCUUUGCAACUAUUAACCAGUAACUGCUCGGUUCUGGACGACUAUUUACCUCACGGUUCGUUGCGUCAGAUGUUACGUCACGCCUGUAAUUGGCACGACGUGUGUUAUGCAUGUGUAAGUAUUCAUCUGUUACGUCUCCGUUCGUGGCGUACGUAUCGCAUCAUCUUGCACAUGUUAAAUAUACGAAAAAAGUAA